AUGGACGCCCAAGCCUACCUCAUGCGCCACGGCUGGGGAGGACCCGGAAACCCACUCCAACCAAACACAAGACCAGGACCACACGGCGGCCUAGGCCUAACACGGCCAAUCCUAGUAGCCCGCAAAGCCAACAAUCACGGCGUAGGCAAGAAAACAACCAAAGACCCAACAAAUCAAUGGUGGCUACGCGGCUUCGAAGACGCACUCAAGGGCGUCGGUGAUGAAAGCCACGAGGGAGUUUCCGCGCGCGCAGGAAACGCACUUACCAGUGAGCUUUAUCGUAAUUUUGUGCGUGGGGAUGGAUUGGCUGGGACGUUGAAUUCCAAGGAUGGAGAGAAAACAGAGGCGGGGACUGGGGAGAAGAGGAAGACAGGGGACGAGGAGAAGGCCAAAGAGACGAAGGAGGAGAGGAGGGCGAGGAAGGCAGCUAAGAAGGAGAGGAAGGAGAAGAGGGCUGUUGCGCGUGUUGCGAAGAAGGAGAGGAAAGAUAAGAGGGCUGUUGCUAGGACUGAGAGGAGGAAAAAGAAGGAGGAGAAGAGGGCUGCUAGGAAGGCUAAGGAGAAGGAUGUUGCUGGUGGGGAGGAUUAUCCUACGCCUAUGUCUAUUGAUUCUGGGUCUGGAUCUGGAUCUGAGAAGACCGAGGCGGAAGCAGAGACUGUUUCUGCGAUAAAGGAGAAGAAAGUGAAGAAGGCGAAGAGCGACGACGGCUCGAAAAAAUCCAAAAAGGACAAGAAGGCGAAGAAGUCGGAGUCCAAGGCAUGA